CGCGUACGCACACUCGCUAACCCACAUAUCCGUCUUUGGCUCGCAAUUAACAGUAGUGUUCUGCUGCAUCUCAGACGUACAUAUCGUGUGUUCGAUCAAUCGAAUUUUAUUUUUUUAAACCGUACCAUCAACUCCUACACCACUGUUUCGAAAUGGCAAAAAUCGCGAUCAAAGCCCUAGUCGUCAUGACACUCGUAUGUCUAGUUUUCGACCUGGCCGCAUCCGACGACAGUGUUCAGCACCAGGUCGCCGACGCGUUGCCGGACAUCAAGGAUACGGUGUCGGACAUCAAGGAAACGGUGCAGACAACGGCUGCGCCAAGCUCGUUCAAGGAAAAGUUCAAGGGGUUCGUGACCAGCGUCAAGGAGGGCGCGUCUGACGCGUAUGAGUCGGUGUCGGACUCCGUGUCCGGGGCCACGCACAAGCUGGAUGAGAAGCGCAAGGAGGUGGUGGCCGGCACCAAGAGCAUAGUGAACGGUGCCAUCACCAAGAUCAAGAACUCGUUCAGCAAGUCUCAUUCGGCCGAAGACGAGCCCAGGGACCCGGAAUCCUCGGAGGAGCAUCAGAAAAAACCGGUCCAAACGAUCGUGGACGAGGUUCCGGCCAAAAAUAUAACACCGAAAUAGACGUCGUUCCGGUCCGAACUAUUUAAUUUUAAGAUUCAUUUUCCGUUUUUUAACGCAUGUCACGCGU